AUGUCCAGCACCCUACGGCUCCGGACCCCGAGCGUCUAUUUCAGCGUGAAGGCUGUGCUACGUCUCCUAUCCAGCGCGCACGAGGGGGCCAACCCUGAGGUGGAUCGGAUGCUUCGACAUGAUCAUGCCCGUGUGGAGCAAGAAGAUCUACGUGCGCGGCGCGGCGUGGUGUUUCUGGUGGACAAGGAUACCGACAGCGACGGCGUGCUGGGCCAGACACAAGGCCUGCACGAUAAUAGGCGACGAGCGACGACGAUUGUGAUCGGCAUGCUACUCGUGGGGGGUCUCGCGUGGAACUGGCAGAAGAGGAAGCAUGAACAAAAGCAGCAACAAAGGCAGAAGCGCAACCAGGACCAAGAGGAGGGGGAAGAGGAGCAGCAGAAGCAGGGCAAGGAGCAGGCGCUACUUCAGUGA